AGGAAACAAUGGGCAAACUAUUUUUCUUAAUAUGCUUGUCAGUGUUAAUAUUACCAGAGAGGUUAUGAAAUUCCCAGGUCUCUUUCUUCGCUGCCACGUUUGUCCACCUAAUGAGCGGCAGUAUAUAUCCGCUUGUAUCGCACACUCGCCCCAGGAGUGUAAAAAAUAUGAAAACGCUUGCUUCUUUGAAUACCAAGGAAGAAUGAAGAACAUGGGCUGCGGUCGCGACUGGCACAAACCAGCGGGAUGUCAUGGAACUACAUGCGUAAAGUGGUGUCAAAGCGACUUGUGCAACAAGGAGCUCAUUAGACAUUCACCUUUUCGAAAGGAACUUGGAGAAGACAGCGCUCCAGAUGACUCGGGAAACUGGUUUACUGACCUGUUUGGUGGUAGCUCGAUGUUAUCGGCUGCUUCAGUUUGUUGCAUUCUUACGUGGUUUUGUGCAAUAAUUUUCCCCUAAAGACCGACAAAUGCCCUUAUUUUCAUAAGUUUCUCGAUUGUAAUCAGUAGUUGUCUGUGCUCUGAAAUCAGCUGAGAGGUUCCCUUUGUGCCCCUCGAAUAAAGUGCGUUCUUUUGUGAGAUAUUUUUAUAUUUUUUAAUAGCGGGUAUAGCCCUCCCCCUUUUAGAGCUAGUUCGUUUUAUUCGGUUUGCGUUUGCACAUGAGUAUAUACGCAUGAAGAUGUAUGAUUUAAGGGAUAGCUGACCGAAAACGGAGAUGUGUUAGAUGAUGUAAAGUUUUUCUUCUUUCUUUCUUUCUUUCUUUCUUUUUUUUUUUUUUAAGGCGACAAUUCUUUGCAAUAAUAAGGGGUAAAAUGGUGUUACUGAAAAUUUUAAGCUGGCGUCAGUUUUUGCUUUUUUAAAAAAAUUUAAAAAGGUUUGAAUU